UCUCCUGAAGCUCUGCUGCCAUCAGUGAAAGACAAAGACAGAGUUUAUUGAAGGACAGUGAGAAGAUGAGUGAUCCAGAACCCUGCAGAAUUAAACAGGAAGAGACUGAAGAACUAAUAGAUGUGAAGGUGAAGGAGGAGAGUGAAGAACUGAGUGAAGAUGAGGAGAAACAUCAUGUCAAGAGUGAAACUGAAACUAACACAGAGGCUGAAGAUAGUUUUAUAAUGGAAAGAACAGCUGUAAAUGGUUUCACCUGCACUCAGUGCGGAAAGAUUUUCAAGCAUAAGUACCAUCUCAAGCGUCACAUGAUCAUUCACACUGGAGAGAAACCGUACCAGUGUUCACACUGCGACAAGAGAUUCGGUGAUUCAGGAAACUUGAAUUCACACAUGCUGGUCCACACCGGAGAGAAAACGCACAGAUGUGAUCAGUGCGGCAAAACAUUUAUGAGGUUUUCAGAGCUGAAGAGCCAUCUAACAGUUCAUGCAAAGAAAAAGCCGUAUUCAUGCUCUGAGUGCGGGAACAGUUUUAGUAAUUGGUCAAAUUUAAAAGCACAUCAGAAGAUCCACACUGGUGUGAGAGAGUUCGUCUGCUUUGACUGUGGGAAGAGUUUUAUUAGAGCUGGAGGGUUAAAAAACCACCAGAGGAUUCACACCGGAGAGAAACCGUACAAGUGUUCACACUGCGACAGGAGCUUCAAUCAGUUACAAAUAUUGAAAGUACAUAGGAGGACUCACACCGGAGAGAAACCGUACAUAUGUACUGAGUGUGGGAAGAGCUUUAGACAAUCACCAAACUUUUAUCGACACAUGCUGAUCCACACUGGAGAGAAACCACACAAAUGUGAUCAAUGCAGCAAAACUUUUCUCUGGCCUUCAGAACUGAAGGAUCAUCUUAGAGUUCAUACAAACGAGAGGCCUUAUUCGUGUUCAGACUGUGGGAAGACUUUUGCGCAACAGUCAAAUUUGAGACAACAUCAGAAGAUCCACGCUAGUGUGAAAGAGUUUGUGUGCUUGGAGUGUGGGAAGGCUUUUAUUAAAGCUGUGAGUUUGAGACAACACCAGACGAUCCACACUGGAGAGAGACCUUACGUGUGUUUACAGUGCAACAAAACAUUCAGAGAUGCGGCAUACCUGAAAGCACAUGAUCGGAUCCACACUGGAGAGAAACCGUACACAUGUACUCACUGUGGGAGGAGCUUCACAGUUUCAUCAUCCCUUAGUUCACACAUGCUGAUCCACACUGGAGAGAAAACACACAAAUGUGAUCAGUGCGGCAAGACCUUUUUGAGGGCUUCACAGCUGAAGAAACAUCUUAGAGUUCAUACAAAGGAGAAGCCUUUUCAUUAAGAAAUAGUUUUACACAUCCACAAAAUUGACCUUUCUGAAAACUCAUUCACAAACACUGGAUUAAUCAUUUCAUACAUUUAUACAGCGCUUUUCUGGACACUCAAAGCGAUUUACACAAUGGGAGGAAUCUUCUCAUCCACCGCCAGUGUGCAGCAUCCACCUGGAUGACGUAACAGCAGCCAUAUUGCGCCAGACCACACACCAGCUGAUUGGUGGAGAGGAGAGAUGAAGCCAAUUAUGGUUAGGAGGCUAUGAUGGACAGAGGCCAGUGGGCAAAUUUGGUCAGGAUGCCAUGGUUAAACCCCUACUCUUUUUUUUUUUUUUUUCGAAGGACAUCCUGGGAUUUUUAACGACCACAGAGAGUCAGGAUCUUGGCUUAACGUCUCAUCCGAAAGGCGGCGCUCACUGAGCAGUAUAGAGUCCCAUUCACUAUACUGGGGCAUUAAGACUCGCACAGAGUGCAGCUUGAGUGCCCCCUGCUGGCCUCACUAACAUCACUUCCGUCAGCAACCUAGCUUUCCCAUGUGGUCUCUAUGCAGUCAAUGUAGGGAUCUAUUUGUAAUUCCAAAAUAAAAGGAUUUGCAAACAAAAAAAAAUAAGUAUUGAGCAAAAAAUAAAUAAAUAAAUACAAAUCUCCAAAAAUUACAAAGCGAAUAUUAAUUUGAGACAUAUAAAUUAAUUCUGCUAACAAAAAUAAAGAACUGCAAAGGGAAAAUUCAAUUUUUGAG